CACAGCAUACAUGGUAUGACAGAAGAAGAAAAUGUGGUCCGACCACAUCAGGAGAUGGCGGUGCUGUCCCUCGAGGAGAAGAAGUACCUGCUGGGAGUGGAGCGCGGCGACGUGGCGGGCACACGGCGCGUGCUGCAGCGCGCGCGCGACACCGGACACAUCAACGUGGACUGCGUGGACCCGCUGGGCCGCAGCGCGCUGCUCAUGGCCAUCGACAACGAGAACCUCGAGAUGGUCGAGCUGCUGCUGGAGUUCGGGGUGGAGACGCGCGACGCGCUGCUGCACGCCAUCUCCGAGGAGUUCGUCGAGGCGGUGGAGGCGCUGUUAGACCAUGAAGAACGAACGAGGAAGCCGGGGGAGUUGCACAGCUGGGAGGCGCUGCCCCCGGAGACUGCGACGUUCACAUCGGACAUAACUCCUCUGAUCCUGGCGGCGCACCGCGACAGCUACGAGAUCAUCAAGCUGCUGCUGGACCGGGGCGCGGCGCUGCCCGUGCCGCACGACGUGCGCUGCGGCUGCGAUGAGUGUGUUAGAUCGCGUCGCGAGGACUCACUACGACACUCGCGUUCCCGCAUCAACGCCUACCGAGCACUCGCCUCGCCCUCCCUCAUCGCUCUUUCCUCCAAGGAUCCCAUCCUAACAGCUUUCGAGUUGUCAUGGGAACUCCGACGAUUAUCGGCCUUGGAACACGAGUUCAAAACGGAGUACCAGGAGCUACGUGUUCAAUGUCAGGAGUUCGCUACCGCGCUGCUCGAUCAUACGCGUACUUCCCACGAGCUACAAGUUCUGCUUAACCAUGAGACGGGUUCACCGCAAGCGCCGCUUGCUGAGCCCGGCGCGCCGGAGCGGAUGCGAUUGUCUCGUCUUAAGCUUGCUAUAAAACUUCGACAGAAAAAAUUCGUAGCUCACCCCAAUGUCCAGCAGUUGUUGGCAUCCAUCUGGUACGAUAGCGUGCCGGGAUUCCGUCGCAAGAACAUGCUGCUUCAAGCUGCGGAGAUGGUGCGGAUCGGCGCCAUGUUCCCUUUGUACUCUAUUGCUUACAUCGCUGCACCCCACUCCGCGGCAGGGCGGACGCUGCGGAAACCUUUCAUCAAAUUCCUGUGCCAUUCGGCUAGCUACUUUAUGUUUCUAUUCCUGCUGAUCCUGGCGUCGCAGCGCAUCGAGACGACGGGCCCGUGGGACGUGCACCACGUGGCGCCCGACGACACGCCGCUGUCGCGCCGCGGGGCGCCGCCCUCGCUCGUGGAGUGGCUCAUCCUCGCGUGGGUCAGCGGGUUGAUCUGGAGCGAGGUGAAGCAGCUGUGGGACAUGGGGCUGCGCGAGUACGUGCACGACAUGUGGAACGUGAUCGACUUCGUGACCAACUCGCUCUACGUGGCCACCGUCGCGCUGCGCGUGGUCUCGCACUUUCAGGUUCGUCGAGAAAUGGCAAUGAAACUGGAAUGGAAUCAGCCGCGUGAGAAGUGGGACGCAUGGGACCCCAUGCUACUAUCCGAGGGUCUCUUUUCUGCUGCUAAUAUUUUUAGUAGCUUGAAACUCGUUUACAUUUUUAGUGUCAAUCCCCACCUGGGACCUCUGCAAGUGUCACUCAGUCGUAUGGUUUUGGACAUACUUAAAUUUUUUGUGCUGGACAUUCUAGUUAUAUUCGCUUUUUCUUGUGGUCUCAAUCAGUUGCUGUGGUACUACGCGGAUAUGGAAAAGAAAAAAUGUAAUAAAGGAACUUCCGUUCCCUCAACAAAUGGCACUAUUCCGGAUCCUGACGCAUGCGUCGUUUGGCGUCGUUUUGCAAAUCUCUUCGAAACGAUGCAGACUCUGUUCUGGGCCGCAUUCGGGCUCGUCGACCUAGACUCCUUCGAACUUGAAGGCAUCAAGAUCUUCACUCGCUUCUGGGGAAUGCUCAUGUUCGGUACUUACGCCGUCAUCAAUGUUAUCGUGCUACUCAAUCUGCUUAUAGCGAUGAUGAACCACUCUUACCAGCUCAUAUCGGAACGUGCGGAUGUGGAGUGGAAAUUCGCACGUAGCAAACUGUGGAUCAGCUACUUCGAGGAGGGCGGCACGUCGCCGCCGCCCUUCAACGUAGUGCCGUCGCCCAAGUCCGCGCUGUACGCGUGGCGCUGGCUGCAGCGCCGCCUGUGCGGGCACACGCGCGCCAAGCGGGAGCACAUGCGCACUAUCCGAAGAAAAGCGAAGCAGGCGAACGAACGAGACUUUCGAUAUCAGGCGAUCAUGCGCAACCUGGUGCGUCGCUACGUGACGGUGCAGCAGCGGCGCGCCGAGUGCGGCGGCGUGACGGAGGACGACGUCAACGAGAUCAAGCAGGACGUCAGCGCCUUCCGCUGCGAGCUCGUCGAGAUCCUGCGCAACUCCGGCAUGAACACCUCCACCGCCAACGCGGGAGCUCCCGGAGGCGGCGGCGGCAAGAAGAACAGGCAGAAGGAGCGACGGUUGAUGAAGGGCUUCAACAUCGCACCGGGCGGCUCGCUGGCGCCCGUCGACGAGUUCCUGGCGUCGCUGCACCACGAGCACGGCGGUGCGCACGGCGCCGCGCACCACGCCUCGCUGUCGGCGCUGCUGGGCGGCCGCCUGCGCGCCUCGCAGUCCAGCCUGUCGGACAGCGGCGGCGCCGCGCUGGGCCCGCGCCGUAAGCCGCCGCCGCACAAGCGCCGCUGGGGCACCAUCAUCGAGGCAGCGCGCGCCGCGCGCGUUUCACGCCUCAUCGGCCGCUCGCGCUCCGAGGACUCCGUGUGCGACCACGCGCGACCCUCACCGAGCGGUAGCGAGCGAUCGGACUCCGGUAGCGACUCGCAGCGAAGCCCCGAGCGAGUGACUCGCAGCGGCCCCCUGCACCCGCUGACGGCGCUGGCGGCUCUCAAGCGAAAGCGUAAAAAGUUUUCGGACUCGCGCCGGGCGGCCGAGGACGCGCGCUCCCCGGCCGGAGCGGCGGAGGCGCUGCAGCGCGCCAGCUCCGUGCCGGCGCGCGCGCCCCCGGCAGCGCCGCCGCGCGCGCCCCUCCCCCCGCCACCCUCCAUCUCGCCCUCCACCACCGCCGAGAGCGUACCCGGCAAGGGCGGCAGCCGAGAGCCAUUGCUCGCCAGUCUCGACGACGACGCGCAUAAGGCGUGCGGGCAGUGCGGCUACGAGGCGGCGGGCGCGCCGGCGGCGCCGGGCCCCGCGGCGCCGGCGGAGGCGGCGGGCGGCGGGCCGUGCGGGCGCUGCGCGGCGCUGGCGCGGCUGGCGGGCGUCACGCCGCUGCACGGCCACGCGCCGCACCACUCCGCCGGCUGGCUCUAGCGCGCCGGCCGGCGCCUGACUGACGCUCCGGGGACGGCGUGCGACGUCGAGGGGCCGCUCCG